AUGGCCGACCAGGAAGCCCUCGCCGCUCUUCGCCAACAAGUACAUCUUCAAGAGCAACUUGAGGCCCAAGAACAGGUAAUCAAGAAACAAGAGCAGCAACUCCACGAACAGCAGCAACGCACCCAAAAUGAACCACACUCAUCUGGCAAUUCUGCACAGCCGCGCUCGGGCCACGCCCCCCAAAGCUCUGCUCCAGCGGCCGCCACCACUCCAGCGGCCACCGCCAACACGGACGUCUGUCGCGUCGCCGUCAAGCUCCCACCCUUUGAGCAGAGUCACCCGAGGUGUGGCUCGCUCAAGUCGAGGCGCAGUUUUCCCUGGCACGCAAUCCUCCAGGUUCAGCCGAAUCUGCCGCUGGACCAGCUCGCCGAAAUCGUCGACCGAGUCGUCGAAGCUUCUUCACCGGGUGGAUUUCCCGCUUCGGCACUGCUCGUCGCGUCCCAACCGAUCAAGGACGGAUUUUCCGUACUCUUAGUUAACUGCAGAAGCAUCAAAAAUAAGGCGGACGAUUUCGCCUCUAUGGUUGCAACUGUGCAGCCGCACGUUGUACUAGGCACUGAGUCCUGGUUAGAAAAGAGUAUCGGUAACAGCGAAGUAUUCCCACCCGGGUUUACUGUCUACCGUAAAGAUAGACACCGGCACGGCGGAGGCGUUUUUAUUCUAAUAGCAAACGACUUGCCCAGUGAAGUACUCCAUUUUGACAAUGAUGCUGAAUCAGUAUGGUGUCGUGUGCACCUGUCAAAGGGGUAUAAACUAGUAUUUGGUUCCUUCUACCGCCCACCCGAUAGUAAUGAAACCCCAAUUCAUAACCUUGCUGACAUCUUAUCAGUGCUCUCUGAUAGUGUUUUUCUGGGCGGUGAUUUUAACCUCCCAGACAUAACUUGGACUACUGACGGCGCAAUAACUAACAAAUCGCGAAUCAAUAGAAUUUUUCGAGAAAUAAUUAUGUUAAACAAUUUAACCCAAUAUGUACUUGUUCCUACUAGACAACAAGCUACAUUAGACCUGGUCCUUUGUAACGACCCCAACAUUGUGACCAAAGUCUCAACGCAACCGGGCAUUAGUGACCACGAUGUGGUCAUUACAAACUUAAACAUUUCACUGGUUCCUAUACAGGUGCAAUUACCACGGCGAGUAUUUUUAUAUGAGAGAGGAAACUUUGACGCUAUCCAGGCUGAAUUAAUAUCAUACUUGCCAACCUUCCGGCGUCUGUCAGAGAGUAGUGAUGCAGAGCAUUUAUGGUCCACCCUUCGGAACAAAUUAUUAGAACUACUAGAGAAACAUGUCCCUAUAAAAUUCCUGCGGCAAAAGAAAAAAGAUAAACCGUGGUUUAAUUCUGGAGUGCGUAGACUGAUAAGGAAAGCUAGAAGGGCGUACAGAAAAUGCUGUAAUAACAACACUUCUCUCAACCGUCAACACUUAAAGGAUGCAAACCGGAUGCUAAAACUAGGAAUCGAGAAAGCGAAAGAAUUAUUUUUUGCCCGAUUAAACACAGAUCUGAAAAAAACCCUAAAGCUUUCUGGAAAUAUAUAAAAACAAGUAGAACAGACGACAUUUCAGUUCCCGCUCUGAAAUCAAAUGGCAUUGCUAUAACGACAGACGCUGAAAAGGUUGAAGUGUUUAAUCUCUAUUUUCAAUCAGUGUUUUCGUCGACACAAACGACUGACGCGACCACAUCACUUCCUCCUAACAGUGCCUUUGACCAUUCCAUGCCGGAAAUAAACAUCGAUAUACAUGGUAUCGACU